GUCUUCGACCUCACUGUAAUAAUGUCAUGACCUUACAACUAACUUUGCCUUCAUAUUCGGUAGAUGAAGUCUCCUUCCGCAGUCACUAACUUCAUCGUUUCCCUGCCAAAUCCACAUCCCCGUUUCGAUUCAUUCAACACUAGGACACCUCUGGUUUCCAUGUGGGUGCCCAAGACGCAGAAUUUCUACCAUAAGACCUCAAGAACCGGCUAUGGCGGCAGAAAUCUUGGUGCCGAAUCUUCGCUCUACUGACGAUCCGUCUGAUGCUCCUUCUGCUGCCCCUAGUGCUGUCUCAGCUGCUGUUCGAUUGCCAAGUACAGAAGAAAACCAGCAACCACGCUUCAGGCGCCCUUUUAGGAGGCAGCGCGAGAGCAGAGCAUGUAACGCGUGCCGGACUAGGAAAACUAAGUGUGACACGUCACGGACAGGACAAUGCUCUUCGUGUGUCUCUGCGGGCAUUGUGUGUGAGGUGGCGGAUGCUUCAAGAUCCACUGGACCAAGUGCGAUUUCUGAGAUGCGCCUUCGUGAGCUUGAACAGACUUUAAAGAAAGUAUCAGAGCGAGUUGAAAAUAUUCCGGGUGCGGCACGCGUGAAUGGAACGGGAUCCCAAAGUAACCAUACCCGCCAGGGGUCUCAAACUCGAGUGCCGACACCAAGUUGCUCUAUUACUGGAACAAAGAGAACGGCCGAUGUGCUUUCAGACAGCGGAUCUGCAUCUGAGAUCAUAGAUACGGACCGUUUACGGAGAAGGCGACGCUCCACCCACGGCACCUCGAGUCUACAGUCCUAUGUCACAGGUGAUGGGAAGAAGGCGCAUCACUUCUUUGGCGCAACGUCUGAAAUGGUCUUCCUAGACAAUGUACGUGAAUAUGUGCAACAGCUAGGAUACGAACUCCCAUCAUCAAGGGCGUUGUGGAGCCCUUCUUUGGAGACGAUCCGUCAGGAUGCUGUGCAGUCAAAUUUAUCAGCAGAGUUGCGGUCACAGCUACCACCGCAGCCCCUCGGAGCUAAGCUGCUGGAGGUGUACAGAAACAGUGUCCAAGCACAUACACCCAUGUUGUACUGGCCUUCGAUCCUCAUAAAGUUCCAGCGCAUUUACACGGGGUCUCCUGUACACUACGAGCAUGACCAGAUUGUGGCCGACUUCUCCAUCCUUAUGAUGGUUUGGGCUGUUGGCGCACAAAUGUCUGAUUUAGCCGAAGUCCGACACAAUAGCGGUCGUCAGAUGAAGAAUGGAUGGGAGUUCUUUGAGGCCGCCCGAAAAUAUCAUGGCAGAGGGCUGAUCAAGGCACGCUACACGUUGGACGAUGCAAUUAUCAGCCUUCUUAUGAGUGUCUAUUUGAUGGGUGCCUCUCUCCCGAGCCCCUGUUGGGUCAUCACAGGCAUCACCUCGCGCAUAAUACAGGACCUCGGCCUCCACAAGCGGCCAUCGCCGCAUCAACUCUUUAACGUUGAAAUCGAGUCGCGAAACCGCCUCUUCUGGGGCGCCUAUAUAGUGGACCGUGUCGUUGCCCUGACAUGUGGGCGACCCGUUUCGCUCCUAGACGAAGACUGCGACGUGGAUCUACCGAAUGAAAUUGAUAACAAGGGCACGACGGCAUCAGAAUCGUUCGACUUUUUCCGCGCCUCCAUCUCCGUCGUCAUCAAUCUUGACGCUAUCAUCCAGUUUGGCGCUCUCUCGCACUACGAAGACAGUGACAUGGAAACCAUGAAGAGGAUUGACGCUCAACUCUUUGCGUGCUGGCAGAAGUACCCUGGUGGCCUCUGCGACCCGUCCGAAACCUCGGCCAUUGAGCCAUCAACUCUCAAACUCGUCUUUGUCGGCCAACAGGCCCGCCUUGCCCUCUUCAGCCGCCAUUUCACGGAUAGCACCCUCUCCGGGGCCAUGCGCAGCUUCUGCCUUAAGAAAAGCAUCGAGAUUGCCACCCUCACCGCAAGUAUUAUGCAGCGCGUGGCCCGCACAGAGAAUUGGGAAGACGUCUUCUCACACCGCUGUAAUGACAUGGUUUGCACGCAUAUUGUCCGUGCUAGCAUCGUACUAUUGCUUGCGUACCGGUUGCGCUCGACGCUCCCCGAAGACGUCAUGCAUAAUGCUGAUGGUAAUAACGCUACCGACUCCCAGACUGCCACCCUCGCACAGCAUAUCAUAAUACUGUGGCGCGGGCUCCGGGCUGCUGCUAAGGGGCACAUUUCUGCAGAGAAGUCCCUCGAAGUUCUGCACGUUCUCGCCGACACGCUCAGUUUUAACCUAGAGGCACCAUGGGAGGGUACAGACCAUGCACCAUCGCCGCCACUUUCAGCACAUCAGCCUGACGCAUACAGCUCAACCCCAGAACACCAACUACUCCUGACAAACCUUACUCCGUUCGUCCACUCCACUGCCGUACCUCUCUUACACUUAUCCCCGCCAACUGUCUGCGUCAAUUCUAGUAUGUAUGACCUCAGUCACAACAACGACAUCGCCGGGAUAAAUACCGAUGCUCCUGCGGUCUGCGAGGAGGGCGGACCGUCGCCCGAUUAUCUUAACUUUGACUCAAGCGAUAUUCGAUGGGAUAUGUUAAAAGGGCUGCUGAAUGUGGAGAGUCAGUUUGGGAUGUAUCUUGGAGGAAGUAUACUGGAGAGUGGGGAGGGAGAAGAUAUGAGGGCGGGUUUUUAAGGGAGGAAGAUAGGAGUAAAUACUAAGCGAGG